UCAGCUUUUUUUCCUUUCCACUCCAGCCACAGGUGAGGGAAAUGCUCCAUCCAGGUAUUCAGUUCUUGUUUUUUUCCCCUCAAGGGAUCCCUACAGGUGGGGUAGCCACAAAAGCCCCAAAAAGAUCAAGAUCUGGUGGAAAGAUGAGAACAAGAUCCGCUGGAACAUGGAGUGCCACGGACUCGUGCCUCGGCCUCCGUGUCUUGCCAUGGCCAAACUGGAGACCCUCUCGGUCCUCAGUGACCCCAGCUAUCACGGCCAGGAGGCCUUCCGCCCCUUCGACCCCAGGCUCGCCGAACCCGCCUCCCAGGGCACCAUGGGAAGCGUCGGCAGCGGUGUGGCCAACGAACAAGAAUUUGCCAUGAAGAGCGUCGGCACCCGGACUCAGAACAGCAGACGGCCGGACGAUGGGUCCCGGAAUAGUUACUCAACGAGGGAGCUCUCCAACCGCUAUUCCGGGGAGGAGAAGGCCUACAAGUCUGAAAAAAUCGCCAACUCCAUCUUCAUCAACGGGGACCUGCGGAAGAGCGAGAAAGUGAAAAUGGACCUCUGUGGGAACGUGGCAGCGAAUAACGAAAAGAAUAUGCCGCCCCCUCCCCAGUACAGAGAACCCAGUAACCCACCAAAGAUAUUGCCUGUCUCUGGGAAGCUAGACCAGAGCAACGAGCCCUUAGUGAGACCGUCAGCCUUUAAGCCUGUUGUCCCCAAGAACUUUCACUCCAUGCAGAAUCUGUGCCCGCCGCAGAACAAUGGGAUCUCGGAGAAUCGAAAGACCUUAAACCACACCAACAGCAAUAGCCCUUCCACGGUCAAAAGCGGCCUCGAGAAGCCCAGCCUUAACAGGACUACCAACCAGGCAGGCGGACUCUCAGAUUCGGGCCGCAACUCUUUGACCAGCUUGCCCACCUACGGCACAGGCUACAGCCAGCACGUUGGCCCGAUGAGCGCCUCCACCAGCCACAUCAACCGCAUCGGGACGACCUAUGGGGACAAAAACCUUGUGGGAUACAAUGGGAUAUCUACCUCAGACAGCGGCCGAUCUUCCAGCAAGAGCACCUCUUCGUUCAGCCGGCUCAACCAUCUCAACGAGACCAUGCCUUUCCACUCUCCUUCCACCGACGAUAUCAUCCAGGAUUUGGAGGACAGGCUGUGGGAGAAAGAACAGGAGGUCCUCCAGAUGAGGAGGAACCUGGAUAAGAGCGAGGCGGCCAUCUACCAGGUCUUCGAGGAGAAACAAAAGAUCUGGGAGCGCGAGAUGGACGAUCUGCGGCAAAAUUACGCCAACAAACUGCAGCAGGUCUCCAAGAAGGCCCAACGAGCCCAACAGGCCCUGCAGCUCCAGAUCUUCAAGCUUCAACAAGAGAAGAAGAAGCUCCAGGAUGACGUCGGGCAACUCCUUCAGCAGCGGGAAGAGCUGGAGAAGAAGUUUGUGGCUUUCAAGAAAGAGCAAGCCGAGUUCCUUCCCAAGAUUGAGGAGACCAAAUGGGAGGUGUGCCAAAAGGCAGGCGAGAUCUCUCUGCUGAAGCAGCAGCUGAAGGACUCCCAAGCGGACGUCUCCCAAAAGCUCAGCGAGAUCGUUGGGUUGCGCACCCAGCUCAAGGAAGGCAAAAGCUUCCUACGGGAGAAGGAGGAGCAGAUCUUGACUCUGAAGGAUUCCUGUAGCACCAAAAGCGUCGGCCUGGAGGUGUGCGAGAAGGAACUCCAGCGGAAGAUGAGCGAGGUGCAGAUGUUGAGGGAGAAACUCAGUCAGUGCGAGCUGGAGGUCUCCAACCUGAAGCAAACCUUGGCGAGCUUGGGAGGCCACCACAGCCACUUCAAUAACGAGGCUGCGGAGAAAAUUGCCAGAGACCCCUUGGCUUGCGAGAGCGACGAGGCCAAGAUGAAGCGGCAGAGCGAGGAACAUCUCGGCGCCCUGAAGAAGGAGGUGGAAAGGCUCCAGGCGGAGCUGAAGGCAGAGCGCCAGCAGCGAGAGCAGCAGGUGGCGGACUUUGAGGGGGAGCGACGCACUUGGCAGGAGGAGAAGGAGAAGGUCAUCAAAUACCAGAAGCAGCUUCAGCUGAACUAUGUGGAGAUGUACCAGAAAAAUCAGGUUCUGGAGCACAAAGUCAACGAAAUGACCAGCAAAGUGACCAGCCCACCGCACAGCGACGAGAAGAAAACAUGGACUCCCUCCAGGCUGGAGAGGAUAGAGUCAACGGAGAUCUAAAGAAAGGACCGUGUCAUUCAAAGUAUGUUUCUUCCCCUCCCCUCCUAAUUACUGUGCAUGCACUUCAGCCGGUGAUCUUCCUUAGGAGACUAUGCUAUCUAACCAGCAGUGUGUGCGCCUGCACCAAUCUUCUCCAACAUGCUGUGGUGCUCUAGGGGUUACUCAAAGGAAAAAUAUAUAUAUCUAUCUAUCCACAGGUGUGCUUUUUGUGAUCUAUGGAGGACCUGACAUUGGGUUUUGUGUAUGAGUGGAGAUGUGUGGAUUUUUAGGGGGUAGGGGGUGUUCCAGAUUUUUUUUUAAUUGUUGUUUUAAUUUUUAUGAGCUCACUGUUGACAAAGGCACAUGGCUAAGUAUUCCAUUGCCAGAAUUUCUCUUCACGCUCUUCUGAGGCCAUCGAGGUUUGAAAGCAACUAGAAAUCUUUUUACAAGAGUGUUGUCGUUUUGUUUUUUAGCCGUAGUGGCCAGUCAGGGUUCAACUCUUGCGGUCAUGUUACGCGCAGGUCGGCUGUUUCUGAAAACGUCUUUGCAGGGCGGUUCUCGUUUCAUAGUUGAAGAGUCUCAGGGCACUUGAAAAGGCGAUCAAAGUGUGCUGACAUAAGCCGCUGGGGAUUCCAGCCCAUUUCUUCAGCUGUAUAGACUGCAACCCACACAAGCAGACUUUAAUACACACAAAGGUGUCACAAACGUCGUAGGAAUGCAAGACGUCCCACUACGGUAAAUGGCCUGGAAGCCACAAAAACUUAUAUCAGUAAAAUGAGUUAGCCUUUAAGCUGCCAUGAGAUUCUGUGUUUUUUUCUGCCACAGACUCACAUACUAACCCUGAGUUAGAAGCGCCCCUUUCCCCGGAUCAACCCUGGAUACCUUAGUCUGUGAAGCAGUUAGCGCCGAUAGUACCUUGGAGAAAUGCCGAUCCAUGAGAGAAGCCAGGACAAGUUGAACCAACUUGGAUAAGCGAGUAGAACCGGGCAGGACAGAUCCUGUUCUGCUCAAGGUGGCAAGGUUUUCUUCCCCUCUCUUAGAAGUCUGAGGAAGUGGACUUUUGUCCACAAAAGCUCACGUUAAAAUACAGCAGCUAGUCUUUAAGCCAUUAGCAACCACAACAUUUUUUUAUCUUCCUUAUUUUUUAAUGUUUCCUUUCGUUUUGGCCCAUUAGGUCUUAGAAGUGACGAUCUGUCGUCAAAAGUGGAAUUCCUUUCAUAAGCAAGAGUUUGUCUGGUUAUCCUGUGAUGAGCUCGGCUCGCUUUGGUUUUGCAAUUGGUCACUUGGAGGUAAACACAGACUUCAUUUGCAAGUCUGACUGCUCGGGCACCAGGCUUUGAAGGAAUUCUACACCUUGAGGGAAAACAUAAAAGCAAAAAAUAGGUGCAUAAUCGGACCCAGAUUGGCUUAAGAGAGGAGGAGCUUUCUCAUACAAGAUGGUUUUGGUGAAGCAACAGAAAUGCAGGCAGACAGGAGCUGUUUACGUGUGGAUAUAGUUUCCGGAUGAAUCACUUUAAUCGGGUACACAUAUUUGUGAUCAAUUUUUUAAGCAAUUGUUUUUCAAUUCUUGAGACCGGGGUAGAUUUUCCUUGGCAGGUUGUUUCCACUUUUCCCACACUCUUGAACUGAGUUUCUUAUCUUAUCUUGGUUGGUAAAAGGAAUGCUGUGCAAGACAGAUAAGAAACUAUUAUUCAUGGACGUGGGAUGCAACUCAAAUUCCAUGCCCUAAAGAGGAAACCAGGAACUAAGGCUAGGCUGGCAUUUCAGGAAGAUUUUAGCACUGAUGUGAUAAUUGGAACGAUAGCGGCAUUCUUCUACUAACAAGGCUGCCAAAUUAGUGUUGGGGAAAUGGGAAAAUUAUACAGCCGAGCCUCCGGAAGUUCGGUGCAAAUCUGCACUGCAAAGUUAAUUCCAUUCCAAGCUCAUGCAAAUGUCUGACUUCCCAGAUAAGCAAGGGGAACCCAUGAACACCACCUGCAAGGCCUGUCAUAUCACAGUCCAUAUCAGAUCAUGGAAGUAAUUACUUACAGUUACUUGUAACUGAUUCCUUUGUCCAGCAAUAACGUAAUAACUAAAUUGCAUUAACGUUGUAACUUAACAAAGAAUCACUUCACUCCUUUUGCAGUGUGAUAGUAAUUUAUAAAAGUUACUCCUUUAGUUACAGGGAUUUGAAACCAAGGAGGAAUAUUGCAUUACUGAAGUGCUACCUUGUGCUUAAUUAUUGUUUGAGCCAACUAUAAGAAUUGGAGAAGAAUUCAGACGUCAGGCAUACAUAGCUUGCGACUCUUAAAACGUUUGAGGUGUUAUUUUUGAUCAAUGAUAUUUUGGUUGCCUUUAAGAAACUGGAAAGCAAAGAGAUCCUCUAAAAAUAUCACCAAAGAUGAUAGUGGCACCUUAAAGACUAUCAGGUGUUAUUUGUUGUAAGCUUUUGCCGACUGCAGGAAUGGCACCGGAUCACAUGGACGGGAGUCCCUAGAAGUUAUUAUGCCAAAUGAAACUUUUGGUGCAAACAGAAUGAGAUGAUAUCCCACUGGAAAACCUUAAAUUCUGUCAAAAUACAUAGGUGGCUGUAACUCUUUUCAGGGGGCCUUGGAAAGAUAACAAUAGCAAACUUUCAAAGUAACUUUCUAAGUUCUGGUCUCAGUAGUCUGAUAUUCCGGUUCUCGUGGUAGCCAACCAGCUGUGUCAAGGAAACUUACAAGCAUCUGCUUUCAUGGCCUCCUGAAAUUGGGACCUUACUUCUAAAUACAAAGGUCCCAAUCCCUAUUGCAAACAAAUCCAUCUCUAUUCCAUGAACUAGUCCAAUUUUUUUU